AAACCACACCUAUCCAUCCGCUUCUCCUAUACUUCCUUCUUCAUUUUCAUUUAUAUAGUCUUCAUCUUCUUCUUCGUCUUCAAGUUCAUCAGAAUCAUGGGAGUUUUCUCAUACGAGCACGAGCACACCUCCACUUUACCUCCCCCUAAGCUUUUCAAAGCUUUCACUAAAGAUUCCGAUGAGCUCAUCCCUAAGGCCGUCGAGCCCAUCCAGAGCGUCGAAAACGUCGAGGGAACCGGAGGCCCCGGCACCGUCAAGAAGCUCACCAUCCUUGAAGGAGGGAAGACCCAUCAUGUGUUGCACAAAGUAGAAGCAGUGGACGAAGCUAGCUUUGUAUACAAUUACAGUAUAGUGGAAGCGAGCGACUUGCCUGAGACGGUGGAGAAGAUCUCGGUGGAGACGAAGCUGGUGGAGGGUCCGAACGGAGGAGCCGUAGCAAAGAUCAGUGUGAAGUACUUCACCAAAGGCGAUGCUCAGCCGAGCGAAGAGGAACUCAAGACCGGCAAAGCCAAGGGCGAUGCUCUCUUCAAGGCCAUCGAAGCUUACCUCCUGGCUCACCCUGAAUACAGUUAAAUUAAGUUAAUCACUUAAUUAUGCCUUUGAUCUGGCUCUUAAUUAAGGGUUUGUGUGGUGCUGCUUUGUGUGGGUUGGUUUGUGUUCUGCGAUCAAGGCUAUGACAUGGCCUUUGUAAUUUGAUGAAAAGCUUGAGUUUGUCUCCGGGUUUGAUAU